UUAGAGGGCCAUUACAGGAAACCCACAUUUACACCUCAGCCUGCUCAAUGCAGAAAUGAAAAGAAAUAGUUAUCUAGAGCACACCUUACUAGAAAAAAGUUGCAGUCAUUGGUACAAAAGAAUAGAGUAGAGAAAAGAAAAAGAGUAGUUUCCCAGCCAGACUGUUUCAACCAGCACACACGUUAUCACCAGAGGGAAGGUUACAGCAUUCAACCUGUACAUCAGAAAAGAAGAUAUUGGGUAAGAUGAACACACCCGAGGCCACCAGCACAGACAAUUACUAUGGCAGCUAUGAAAGCCCUUGUAGCACUGGCACCAGUCUAACCCAAGGGUCCAACUACCAGCCCAUUCUCUUCUACCUGGUGUUCACCCUGGGUCUGACAGGCAACAGUCUGGUGCUCUGGGUCCUCCUCAAGUACAUGAAACUGAAGACAAUGACAGACAUCUGUCUGCUGAACCUAGCCCUAUCUGACCUGCUCCUCUCCCUCUCCCUGCCUCUCUGGGCCUACCACGCCCAGGGUCAUGAGUUUGAAGGGGACAGUCCGUGUAAGAUCAUGGCUGGUGCCUACCAGGUGGGCUUCUACAGCAGCAUCCUGUUUGUGACCCUGAUGAGUGUGGAUCGCUACCUGGCCAUCGUUCACGCCGUGGCCGCCAUGAGGGCCAGGACGCUGCGCUAUGGAGCGCUGGCGAGCAUCAUCGUCUGGGUAGCGUCCAUCAGCGCUGCUCUCCCUGAGGCCAUCUUCGUAGCGGUGGUGAGGGAGAAUGACGAGAACAGUGGUACAAGUUGCCAGCUGAUUUACCCAGAGAACACAGAGAAGACAUGGAAGUUGUUACGGAACUUUGGUGAAAACGGAGUGGGGCUCGUCCUAUGUCUGCCCAUAGUGGUCUUUUGUUACAUCUGUAUUCUCACUGUACUACAGAGGUUAAGGAACUCCAAAAAAGACAGGGCCAUGAAACUGAUAUUCGCCGUCGUGGGUGUGUUUGUAGUCUCCUGGGUCCCUUACAACGUUGUGGUUUUCCUCCAGACCCUUCAGAUGUUUGACAUUGGGAAUAGCUGUGAGGCUUCAACACAGCUUGAUACAGCUAUGGAGGUGACAGAAACCAUAGCGCUGGCACACUGCUGUGUCAACCCAGUCAUUUAUGCUUUUGUAGGAGAGAAAUUCAGAAAGUGUUUGGGCACUGUGCUCUCUAGAUAUCCACUGUGUAAAAAGCUCGGCAAACAUGCAAUGGUGAGCAGCAGAGGAUCAGAAAACGAGACUUCUAACACACCUGUGUGAUUGUACUGCUGAAAGACAAUACUUCCAUUGCUGAAAACCUAUUUGAUGCAUUUUCAUUGACAAAAAACACUUCAUUUGGAAAGCAGCAAGUAGAGCAGAAGACCAAUUUCUGUGUCGUGUGGAAUAAUGAAGUAUUCUUCUGAACACAGACUUGCAUAUAAAUGAAGUGUAACUGUAUAAUAUUUAACUUUAAAUGUACAGUGCCUUGCGAAAGUAUUCGGCCCCUUGAACUUUGUGACCUUUUGCCACAUUUCAGGCUUCAAACAUAAAGAUAUAAAACUGUAUUUUUUUGUGAAGAAUCAACAACAAGUGGGACACAAUCAUGAAGUGGAACGACAUUUAUUGGAUAUUUCAAACUUUUUUAACAAAUCAAAAACUGAAGAAUUGGGCGUGCAAAAUUAUUCAGCCCCCUUAAGUUAAUACUUUGUAGCGCCACCUUUUGCUGCGAUUACAGCUGUAAGUCGCUUGGGGUGUCUCUAUCAGUUUUGCACAUCGAGAGACUGAAAGUUUUUCCCAUUCCUCCUUGCAAAACAGCUUGAGCUCAGUGAGGUUGGAUGGAGAGCAUUUGUGAACAGCAGUUUUCAGUUCUUUCCACAGAUUCUCGAUUGGAUUCAGGUCUGGACUUUGACUUGGCCAUUCUAACACCUGGAUAUGUUUAUUUUUGAACCAUUCCAUUGUAGAUUUAUGCUUUAUGUUUUGGAUCAUUGUCUUGUUGGAAGACAAAUCUCCAUCCUAGUCUCAGGUCUUUUGCAGACUCCAUCAGGUUUUCUUCCAGAAUGGUCCUGUAUUUGGCUCCAUCCAUCUUCCCAUCAAUUUUAACCAUCUUCCCUGUCCCUGCUGAAGAAAAGCAGGCCCAAACCAUGAUGCUGCCACCACCAUGUUUGACAGUGGGGAUGGUGUGUUCAGGGUGAUGAGCUGUGUUUUUUUAUUUUAUUUUACCUUUAUUGUGUUGCUUUUACGCCAAACAUAACGUUUUGCAUUUUUGCCAAAAAGUUCAAUUUUGGUUUCAUCUGACCAGAGCACCUUCUUCCACAUGUUUGGUGUGUCUCCCAGGUGGCUUGUGGCAAACUUUAAACAACACUUUUUAUGGAUAUCUUUAAGAAAUGGCUUUCUUCUUGCCACUCUUCCAUAAAGGCCAGAUUUGUGCAAUAUACGACUGAUUGUUGUCCUAUGGACAGAGUCUCCCACCUCAGCUGUAGAUCUCUGCAGUUCAUCCAGAGUGAUCAUGGGCCUCUUGGCUGUCUUCUCCUUGUAUGAGCUGAAAGUUUAGAGGGACGGCCAGGUCUUGGUAGAUUUGCAGUGGUCUGAUACUCCUUCCAUUUCAAUAUUAUCGCUUGCACAAUGCUCCUUUGGAUGUUUAAAGCUUGGGAAAUCUUUUUGUAUCCAAAUCUGGCUUUAAACUUCUUCACAACAGUAUCUCGGACCUGCCUGGUGUGUUCCUUGUUCUUCAUGAUGCUCUCUGCGCUUUUAACGGACCUCUGAGACUAUCACAGUGCAGGUGCAUUUAUACGGAGACUUGAUUACACACAGGUGGAUUGUAUUUAUCAUCAUUAGUCAUUUAGGUCAACAUUGGAUCAUUAAGAGAUCCUCACUUCAUGAUUGUGUCCCACUUGUUGUUGAUUCUUCACAAAAAAAUACACUUUUAUAUCUUUAUGUUUGAAGCCUGAAAUGUGGCAAAAGGUCGCAAAGUUCAAGGGGGCCGAAUACUUUCGCAAGGCACUGUAUUUUGAUGAGCUCUGACUAUUUGCUAAAGGGUGAUGGGCUGUUUAUGUUUUGAUUACCCAUGUAUGUAUUUCAUGUACAGUACAGGCCUGCACACAAUGUUGCUGUAACAUAAUAUCAAUAUGAUUUGCAUAGAGAUUAUCUCAAUUUCUAUUCUUAUUGUAUGCACACGUUUUUGUUAUAACAUUAAAACACAACCAGGGGCAGGGUUGUGGCCAGAGGAGUGCUGCUGGAUGGCCGGUGGCUAUCUGGCUACUCAUUGGCUACAUUUGCUGGCCAAAUAUUAUUUUGGUAGAAUUUUGACCCUCCUUUUAUUGAGGACCUGUUUUGGUAUUAACUUGAACUUGGACAUCAAAUCAGGAAUUUGACCUUUUGAAUUAUUUUGAACUUUGUUGGCUGAGUAGGUAUUUGUGUUCCUUUCGGGAGGGUUUUUUUAAUCAAUAAAUAAGCCUGUGCAUUUUGUUGUACUGAAAUA